AUGGAGUAAGGAUUGUAACUUUGGAAGCAAUUAUUUGGGAGAGUUAGAGAAGUUGAUUAUGAGGAAUUUAAUGAUAAAUUUCAUGAUUUUGUAAAAUAAUACGGAGACUGCGAUUUAGAUGAAUAUUAAAUGAGGUAUAUUAGAGAGUUGAUUGAUCCAGAUAGAUAAUUUAGAGUAUCUAUAAGCGAUUUUUUGAUAUUUUUUACUAGCUAUUGGAAUGUUCCAUCAAAGAGAAAGCUUGUGUUCAACUACGAGUUUAAAAUUAAUGAAGAAAAUUAAAAAAAAAGCCAUAAUGAUUUAGAUUAUAUUGAGCUAACAAUAUAAAAUAAGUAUUAAAAAUCUGAAAUAGUUUACUUAUAAACAGGUAGCACAAUAGAUAUUUUUAGAGAUAAAAUUAUUCUGAAUAAAGCUGUUGAGUAGGAUUUAAAUAAACUUGAUGUCUUGAAAAUGGGCAGUAGCACAAAGAAAGGAGCUAAUGAUAUUGUUUUUCCUGAUACAUACGAUAUUUAUCCUACACAUUGUAAGAUAGGAAUAGGUACUACUGGCUAUUAUGUAAAGGAUUAGAGUAAGAAAAUGAAUAGGAUGAGAUUUAUUAUUGGAGAAAAGAAGCCCUUGGUUUUAGAUUAUAAGAUGGUAUUUGAAAUAGGAAGUAGUGGCUGUCGUUUUGCAGUUCGUAAAAUAUACCCAGAACCCACUUUUGAAGAAAUAAAUAUGAAUUUUGUCAGCUAUAUAUUUACUGGCUAGUAUAGUUUAGAAGCAGAACUGCAAGAUUUCUAAAAUAAAUCAUAAACUAAGAUGUUUCAUAAUGUUAAGGAAUGGAGAGAAGAGCAAGUUUAAAUUAAAAAAAAUUAAAAAAAUGUAUCUCAAACAGGAACAACGGCUGAUCCUAUUGGAGAAUACUGCAUUGAAAUAGAUUGCAUAGAGGGAGAACUUAAAGGACAAACUUAUACUAUUAAAGGAAACUCAAAAAGCUUGACUAUAGGCAGAGAUAAAUUAUCUGAUGUUCAAGUUAAGCACAUAAGCGCUGCUUAGAAUCAUGCAGUAAUCUAUUUUAAUAAAACAUAUGGAAUAUGGAUGCUAAAAGAAUAAUAAAAGACUCUUGGGACAUUCGUUUACCUUGCCAAUUAUGAUUAAUAUGUUAAUAAUACUCAUAGUAACUUUCAUCUCAUACAAAGUGAUCUCUCUUUUGAGUUACAUAACUACAUAUUUCAUCCGAGACUUGUGUAUAAGAAACUUGAAGAGUUGUGA